AAUCAUAUAUUAGAAUUAGAAAAUAAGGCUUUUUAUGAAGCUCAAUUAGAUGAUAAAGCAUUAAUUAAUAGUUAUUUUGAUGAGGAGUCAGUAUUUGAUUAUUUUGCAAAUCAAAUAUAUCCACAAUAUAAUAAAGAUACAAA